AUGCUUAAUCUAACUGGCUCGCCACCGUCACAUUCUUCUGAUGUUUCUAAUGUUUUCCAUUUCUGGAGGUCAUUUUUGGAUUCAUCUCCUGCUGCCCUACGAAAUGGAACAAACGGAUCCCAAUCCGAAUUUCGCUCUGUACAAAGAGUUCACCCCUCCAAAAACUCUCGAGUAGAAGAGGCCAAACGAAAACAUGUCUACCAGCUUGCGUGCGAAAAAUGUGAGUCUGUUGUUUCUGACAGGGCAAUGCGGUCAAAACUGCUCGCAGACUCAAAUUGCAUUCUUUUCUCGACAGAUUCGCCAAUGAGCUGUGCAAUCGGUCUUCUUGAUUUGGACUACCGGACUAUUAGCUGCGAUUGCCUUUUGAGGGAUAUUGCCUGCUUAACCUGGUAUUUAUUCGUCAUUAAUUGUAGCGGAACUAUCAUUGGAUAUCACAUUUCUCACCCAUGCGAGAGCUGCAUGUCUGGUUGCACAAAUGGUCAUAUAUGGCUGUUCAAUAACAGUGCCAUUCAGUCAAAGCCGAUUCUCAACCACAACAGGGAGCCACUUAGCUGGUACAAGCUCUUUUUGCACGAUCAAGCAAAAGGGCGGCGAACAGGAAUGCUAUCCGGUCCACCGACGCAUCUAACUGGCAGUGAUGUGGUAGAUUUGUUUAAAAUCGAGUAUUUUUCAAAAAAUGUGCCAUUCAAGGGGCAACCUUUGCCAAAAGGGCCUGGUUGGCCGUUGACGGAUCAUGGCAAUCAAGAAGGGAAAGGAAAUCUGGAGGAAAAAAGGAAUACUGCAAAUGCUUUUCAAAGUCAUGAAUGA